GACCUGUAGCUAGAUCUGCCACUGGAGGAGAGGAGCAGCUGCCUGGCCACAGUCUGCCGUCUGUCUAUCCAUAAGCCCAUCUGGCUGGCUGGCUUCCUCUUGCUCCUCUGUAACCUGCCUGACCACCUAUCUGUAAGGCUGUCUGUUCUCCUUUCUAUCCAGUUGUCUGGCCUGUGUGUCUGUGUGUCUUGCUGGACCCAUCGAUCUUUUUCUGUCUGUCCAAUUGCCUGAGUUCACCCUGUGUAGUUUCUUUUCCCUUCAGUUUGUCAGUUUGUCCCUCUCUGUCUGUCCACUGCCCUGUGUGUCCAGUUGCCUCCCUCCCUCUCUCUCCCUGGACCACUGAGCCAUGGCAUGGGGCCAUAGGGCCACCAUCUGCCUGGUCCUACUGGGUGUGGGUCUGGGUCUGACCAUCAUUGUGCUGGCUGUGAUCCUUUCUCAUCACCAAGCCUCUUGCGGUCCUGGUGCCUUCACACAUGCCGCCGUAGCUGCCGACUCCAAGAUCUGCUCGGAUAUUGGACGAGCCAUCCUCCAGCAGCAGGGCUCACCUGUGGAUGCCACCAUCGCUGCCCUGAUCUGUACUGGUGUUGUUAACCCUCAGAGCAUGGGCCUGGGCGGAGGGGUUGUCUUCACCAUCUACAAUUCGUCAACAGGGAAGGUGGAAGUUAUCAAUGCUCGGGAGACAGUGCCAGCCAGCUGUGACCAGGACCUGCUAAACCAGUGUAGAAACUCCCUGCCACUGGGCACAGGGACCCAGUGGAUCGGGGUUCCUGGGGAGCUCCGGGGCUAUGCUGAGGCCCACCGCCGCCACGGCCGCCUGCCUUGGGCUCAGCUUUUCCGGCCCACCAUCUCACUGCUCCGUGAGGGUUUCCGUGUGCCCUCUGUCCUCAGCCAGUUCCUCAACAGCAGCAUCCUGUGGCCCGCCUUGAAUUCCUCAACCCUGAGACAGCUCUUCUUCAAUGGGACAGAAACCUUGAGAUCUCAGGACCCAUUCCCUUGGCCUGCGCUGGCCAACACCCUGGAAACUGUGGCCACGGAGGGUGCAGAGGCCUUAUACACGGGGAGGCUGGGCCACAUGCUGGUGGAAGAUAUUGCCAAGCAAGGAAGCCAGCUGACAGUUCAGGAUUUGGCUGCCUUCCAGCCGGAAGUGGUGGAACCCCUGGAGAUGCCCCUAGGAAACUAUACCCUGUACUCGCCACCACCGCCUGCAGGGGGCGCUAUUCUUAGCUUAAUUCUCAACGUGCUGAAAGGGUUCAACUUCUCUGCAGAGACGGUGGCCCGGCUUGAAGGGAAAGUGAACAUGUACCAUUACCUCGUAGAGACUCUCAAGUUUGCCGUAGGGCAGAAGGGCCGGCUAUGGGACCCUUCCAGUUACCCAGGGAUACAGAACAUCUCCCAGGACUUUCUCCGGGAGGAUCUAGCCCAGCGCAUCCGCCAGCAGAUCGAGGGCCGUGGUGACCACCACCGACUCAGCCGUUACAAUCUGUCCCGGGUCAAGGGCAACAAGAUGGGCACCUCUCAUGUGUCUGUGUUGGGAGAAGACGGCAGUGCUGUGGCAGCUACCAGCACCAUCAACACACCCUUUGGAGCGAUGGUGUACUCGCCACAGACAGGCAUCCUUCUUAACAACGAGCUACUAGACUUAUGUUGGAGAAACGUACCAGGUUCCGAUGUCAUCCCUCCGCCUGUUCCAGGUGAGCGGCCACCAUCUUCCAUGGUACCCUCCAUCUUGGUCAACAAAGGCCAGGAAUCGAAACUGGUGAUCGGUGGGGCUGGUGGGGAGCUUAUCAUCUCGGCUGUGGUCCAGACUAUCAUGAAUAAGCUGUGGUUUGGCUUUGACCUGACAGAAGCCAUUGCAGCUCCUAUCCUACAUGUCAACAACGCGGGCCACGUGGAGUAUGAACCCAAGUUCAACCAGGAAGUACGAAAGGGGCUACAGGACCGAGGCCAGAGCCAGAGCCAGAGCCAGCGGCCAGUUUUCCUGAAUGCGGUCCAGGCUGUGUUCCAGGAAGGACCCUGCAUCUAUGCCGUAUCUGAUAUGAGGAAGGCUGGAAAGGCUUCGGGAUACUAAGACAACUCUGCCCAGAGCUGGGAUCUGGCCCGCUAUGGGUGUUGUUCCCCACAUGGAUGAUGCUGUACGUCUGAAUACUCCAGGACCUGGAUCCCUUGCCAUGAGGUCAACCUGGGACCAAAAAGAACAGGGCUCAGCUCAGCAGAUGAAUGACUGAAGAGGGAAGGAUUGACUGUUCCCUGGUCCCAUCCCAACACCUCCCGUGGCCCCACCCUGGCUCUUCUAGCCUUGCUCUGGCCUCAUGGUCACCUGUUUAAAUGGUGUACCUGCCAGGAUUAAAGAGGAGGCACAGCAUGAACUGGUCUGGUGGCUCUAAGCAGGUAAAGGGACCCCGGUGGUAUGCAACACACCACAGAGUCCUGUGGUCCUUCAUGAUUCUCCUUCAGGGCUCAGAGAUGGGCCAGGCUUCAAUGGACAGAGACAAGCUCACCACCCACCUCUGCUCUCCUCACUACAAUAUCUUCAGGGGUUUUGCAGUGUGUCUGCUCCCCUUCCCCCCUCACAUUCCCCUCGUGUCUUGUCUGCUGGUGGGAAGACAGCAGCGUGACUCUUAGUACUUGUCCCCAACUCUUGUGACAUGUUUCUCCACUCAGGAAGAGGAUGGGUGGAGCAAAGCUCAGGUCUCAAUGCUCCAUGGUCUUGAGACUAGGGCUCAUGCUCAGCUGUGCCGACAUCUGAGAUGACAUCACCUUUUGUGGCAUGGAGCUGUCUCCACAUUGCACACACUUGACACAAUAGCAUCCCUUCCUAUGACCCCAGAUGUAACAACAGAUACUGUCUCUGGACAGGGCUACGUCCUGGCAGAGAACUUUUGCUUCAGAUGAGUGGGAAACUGUCAUAGAUAGAUUUCCAGGCUACCCAGUAGUGUGCUCAUCAUGGAAGUCUCCCUAUAGGGACCUGAGCAUCUGACUUCUGGGAGCAUCAGGCACUUCUGUGUCACCUCAAUGUCUGCGGGAGUUGUGUAACUACAUACAGGGUGCUACAACAGUGUGUGUGGUUUAUGCAUCUUAAAGAAAUCCAUCAUGCUGGUUCAAUU